CAGCUGACUCCCAGUAUGCGGAAGAAGUAAAUUAGAAACAUUAGCUGCGGACAAAGCAGGGUUUUUUUUUAAAAAACAAAAAAACAAAAACGUUGCAGUUUAGAAAAUCCAAAGUUUCCAGGAGUGAAAGUGUAAACGUGUAGCAGGUUUUGUAGCAGGUCUGUUGUUGACAUUGUACACGUUUGUGAGCUGUCAGCGAGCUGGAAUGGCACACAGCGAGUCAGGGGUUGUUGUGAAUGGAACUCAGGUGUCCUACAUUGGACAUGAUUGUGAGCUCGUCCCAGAGUUUCUUGCAGCUAAUUAUGGAAGCUCUGCAAAACGACUAGAUCUUAGCUUCAACCAACUCAGGUCACUGACAGGCCUGAAAGCGUUCAGCCAACUGGAAGAGCUGAUUGUGGACAACAAUCUUCUCGGAAAUGACCUCCGGUUGCCCAGGUUACCACAGCUCCAUACCCUAACACUCAAUAAGAACCAACUCUCAGACAUUGAGGCCUUGCUUGAGCAUUUGCAGGAAGUGACACCAGCUCUAGAGUACCUGAGCCUGCUGGGAAAUGAGGCCUGUCCCAAUCAGCUGGUCAGCCUGGAUAAAGAUGAGGAUGAUUACCAGAGAUACAGGUACUUUGUGCUGCAUAAACUGAGGAACCUGAAGUUCCUGGACAGCAGGAGAGUGACUCAGACAGAACAUCUGGAGGCCAAGGCCCGAGGCGAAUUCAUGAAGGUGGUCAGGCCUAAAACUGAGCAGGAUCUUACUGAUCGCAGAUCAGACAUCACUUCUAUGCCUUAUACUCCUCUACCGAGAUCCAAAGAUGCAAAAAACCCUAAAGGAGUGUUUGCCAAGUGCCGCUACGUCUACUACGGCAAGCAUUCAGAGGGCAAUCGCUUCAUCCGCAAUGACCAGCUCUGAUAAACAGACGGACAGGCCAUGGACAAGCAGGGAAGCUGUAUAAAGAUGUCUUCCUGUGUAUCUUUAUUAAUAUCCACAUCAUCAUGUUCAUUUUAAGCAGCUGAACACAGCCCUCUAGUGCCUUCUGCUGAGUGCGCCAUCCCUGCCACCUCUCAUCUCUCCCUCACUGCCUGAGCAGUGCCACUCACACUGACAUUAUUGCCUUUAAGCAGCCCUCACACACACACACACACACACACACGCACACACACACACACACACACACACACACACACAUACACACACUCUCUCUCACUCACACAGACACACACAUCCAAGUGACUGUGCUGACAGCUACUGCUUCAUGAUGGAUUGCCUGAUCCAACUGCUACACUCUGCAGGUCAAAGGUCACACCUGAGGCUGCAGUGUGCCCAUGAGGACACACAGGAUGAGCCCUCCUCAAAGUCAAAGCUAAAGUUAUACAUACACACACACACACACACACACACACACACACACACACACACACACACACACACACACACACACACAUCACUCAAUUUCUCUUGAUACAUGUAGUAUACAAAAACAAAACCAUCAACUUUAUAGACUUCUGGAAAAAAAAAACUUCUUAACUCAGGAAGUGCUUUCAGUGAUAAUGUAUUUAAUUGCUUCUCAACAGUCACUGGUAGUAUAGCUCAAACAUUAUUCAAAUAAUUUGCUUUCAGCAAGUGUAACUUUUCUAACAAACAAAAAGAACAUGAACAUGUAAUCCUACAUUUCUGACAUUUUAUUGGCAAAUGAAGGGCAUUUACAGGCACCUUGCACUGUGGCCUUGCGUGUGGUCAUGUAUUCAUGUGGUGAUGUUAAGUUUUUGUUUGUGCGUUUGUGUGUGUGUGUGUGUGUGUAUGUGUGUGUGUGUGCAUACACUGUGAAGUUGGUGUGUUGCGGGGGCAGAUGUUUCCGUGCAGGAGCCUGGAGGAGCUGGGAAAGUGCGUGGUAAUGAGCUUUGCUCUCGUUGCUUGGGUCCAGGAGAGGGAAAAGAGAGACAGGCGAGACAGAGCAGCAGGACUGAAGGGAGGGAGAGAAGUCAACAACUUCUUCCAUUCCACUUCUGAUUGCCUCCUCAUGUGAUAUGCACACUAUUUUAAUGACUUGCUCUGUAACUUUUGUUUAUGAAAAAGAAAAAAUCCCUAACAGCUUUUGCUACAUUUCAGAUACAAGGUUUCUGCAGUGGGGUCUUAACAUUUAGUGGAAGAUUUGAUAGGAUCGAGUGAAUUAAAUACACAUGCUUGAGAAAUGUGCAUCCACGUUUUCAUUCAUGUUCAUUCAAAUACUGUUGUCUCAUAAUGUUGUUCUUUUUGAAUAUAGUGUUUCACAUCUUUUAAAGAGUGAGUUCUCAGGACCAAAGGAACAUGUAAUACCAAUUACACUCUAUCUACACAAUCAUAACCAAAGAUUUACUCUUCAAUCAUUCAUUUUAAUGAUCUCACCAUAACAUGGGCUGUUCUUCUUUUAUUUCUUUAAGAUCGAAUCAUAUAAUAAUAUAGCAUCUAUCUAUCUAUCUAUCUAUCUAUCUAUCUAUCUAUCUAACUAUCUGUCUAUCUGUCUCUUUCUCUAUCUAUCUAUCUAUCUAUCUGUCUGUCUGUCUCUCUAUCUAUCUGUCUGUCUAUCUAUCUAUCUAUCUUUCUAUCUAUCUAUCUAGUUUCUGAUGUGUCUAGCUAGAUGGACUUUGUCUUCCUGUGGAUGUUAUGAACAGAGUGUUUAACGUUCUCUAGUGCAGCGAGGGAGAUGGUUGUGGAAGUGAAAGAGAGCAUGUGGAGGCAGAGCUCAUUGCUCCAUCCUCUCUAUGCUCUGCUUGCUCUCAGGGAAAGGCCACACAUCGCCCAGUGAAAUGUUUCUUUUGAUUGUUGGUCAGAUGCUUUGUGUGUGUGUGUGUGUUUGUUAGUCUGAGUGUAUGUGAAUGGAAAAUGUGCAUCUAGCUGAGAUUGUGUUUACACAAUGG